GUAACGCCCAGUGUAACGGUUGGUGUUCGUAGAGCAUUGUGUGUUGUUUCGUAAGAACUCAGAAUUGGGUUGUUCACACCGAAAGGAUCAAUAUUUAGUUGAAUAUUAGUUCGUUUAUUACCUAUUAUGCGAAUAGGACGUUUGGGAAAAAUAGGAAUUGGCUGGGGUUUCAUCACGGUUGCCGGAAUCGCCGGGUUUGUGUACUCAAAGCAUUUGGUUGAUAAGAAUCGUUAUGAGAAUAUGAAAAUUCGCAAGCGCAUGAGGGAAUCCAAUCUAGGCGAAUAUACUGUAGAAUCUCCAAGACGCUAUUAA